GGAAAAACUCAAUCUAAAGAUUUAUAAAACUUCUGUAUCUAAAGAACCCGUGCCCGAAAAAACCCUAAACGUGACUUUAAAAUUUCAUACUUGUCAAAAUUUACACCAGGUACGUAAUGUAUUUUCACUUUUAUAAAUUAUCAACAACCAUCAAUAUAACAAAUUCUAAGCACAAUAGCAAUAUCAGAUCUAAAUUCAGACUAAAUAAAUCAUAACAAUCUCAAUAAUGAGUUACGCCACACCGGAGGAUCGGUUGAUAACUCAGAUGAUCAUACCUGUCUCGAAAGAAACCUAUUUCAAUACUAAAUGGAAGCCGGAGAAGGAGCCUCUAUGUGCCUACGAUAUGCUGUACCAUCCUCCAGACUAUAAUCCCAAGUCGGCCAGAUCCGACCGACAGGAGCCGAAGAUCAUAAGGAAAAAUAUAUGGAACCAGGAAUACCAUAAAGGCAUCUCCUCCACGGCGCACUUCAUGCUUGGCAGACCUAAGUGGAAGCCAAAAGACUGGCCCACAAAGGAGUAUGUGAGGGUUGUAGUGAAAAAUGAAAAUCCUCAUAUGCGUAUUCACAAUGUUCUGGAAUGGGCAAUAUUGCUCAGCGACGGAAAGCCAACUCUGUGCGAAUGAAGAAAAGUAUAUUUUUAUUCACGACAGAAAAUCUUGUCAGAAGUGUAUUUUUUAAUUUUUAAUACUACAGUACUUAAAAAAUUAACGGCAGUAGUAUUACAACCUUUUAAAUUUAUAAAU